UAUCCUCCCGCCACACUCCUUUCUCAUAAAAUAACCAAUCCUCUUUUCUCUCUCCUCUGCCCUAAUUCUAAUUUCAAAUUAAAUUAAAAUCUCUUUCAUUUUCAUUUCUCGAUUCCAAAUCAAACUUCUUCAUCCUUCAACCUUGAUUCAUACUUCAAUCAACAUAUUCUAAUUCCAUUCCUUCUGAUUAUUCUUCCACGAACCAGGAAAAUUGUUGCUGAAGAAUUGAAGACAGGGAUAGCUGGUUUUGUUCAUAUGGGAUCGGAGAGUGUUGCUCCUAUGAUUGAGCCAUCAAAUAACAGGUCUGAUCCUGGUACAAUGAAGCAAGGGAAAGUCCCUAAGAGAAUUCACAAGGCCGAAAGGGAGAAAAUGAAGCGUGAACAUUUGAACGAACUCUUCCUUGAUCUUGCCAAUGCUCUUGAUCUCAGUGAGCCGAACAAUGGAAAGGCUUCAAUAUUGAUCGAAGCUUCUAGACUGCUAAAAGACUUGCUCUGUCAGAUCCAGUCCCUCAAGAAAGAGAAUGUCUCUUUAUUGUCUGAAUCUCAUUAUGUGACCAUGGAGAAAAAUGAGCUAAAGGAGGAGAAUAGUAGCCUAGAAACUCAAAUUGAGAAGCUUCAAGGCGAGAUACAGGCAAGAAUAGCUCAAUCUAAACCUGACUUGAAUGCGCCUCCUCAAUUAGAGCUUGAGUCACCAGAGCAGACAACUUUUUCAGGACAGAGUUUCCAAUUGCCUACCGUAGAUCCUACCUUGCAGCAAGGACCUACUGUUUUAGUCGUCCCCUUUCGUCCCGAUCUUCAAGCUGCUUACCCAGCUCCUACUGAGAUCACGCCAAACCCUCCACUUGUUAUCAGUAAACCUCAUGCCAGGUAUCCCACACCAGCAGAUUCAUGGCCAUCACAACUGCUUGGAGAGCAACCAACUUCUAGCUAAACAUGUUAAUUUGUAGAGUUCUAGUUUAUGUAUUGCUAUAACCAGCCAAUUACCUUAUCUAAUUGCAAUGCUGGUCUGGAGCUGUGUAUAAAUUUUAUAUAUUCAAUGAUCUUAGAAAAUUUUACUCAAUUCUAUUGUGCCUUAGUUGUGA